GAUAAUAAUCCAAAGCAAUUUAGAUCCGAGGAGUUACUCCCCGCGCGGAGCGGAGUCGCGGGCAAUUUCAUCACUGACGUAAUUGGAGCUGAAACAUCUCCAGACUCACAUUACUUAAGUAUGGUUGCGUCGAUCCUCUUCUGAGUGGCUUACAAUUAUCACACCUAGAAGCUUGAAGAACAACAACAAAAAGAUCAAAGCGAAGUAUGACCUGGAUUUCGAAUGUUAAGCGAUUACAUCGCAAUAAUGUCUCAACUCUGCGUAGCUCUCCGGUUGCCGAGAUCUCAGGCGCACUUGGUGAUUUGGGGACUCUCCUCCCGCUAAUGAUCACCCUCGCCGUCAACGGCUCAAUCUCGCUUUCUACGACACUUGUAUUUUCAGGUUUCUAUAAUCUCGCAACCGGUGUUGUAUUUGGCAUUCCCUUGCCAGUACAGCCAAUGAAAGCUAUCGCAGCAGCAGCUAUAGCGUCAAAAGCCUCAGAACGCGAAACCGUGGCGGCAGGCAGCGUCGUAGCUAUCAUCGUGUUACUAUUAAGCGUCACAGGUCUAUUGCAUUGGGUUACACGCAUAAUUCCCAUUCCAGUCGUUAAGGGUAUUCAGUUCGGCGCCGGCCUUUCUUUAAUUAUUUCGGCAGGCAGCUCUCUACUACAGCCUUUCACCCAUCACUGGACAUUCGCCCUGGACAAUCUCGUCUGGGCCUUUGCCGCCUUCCUGCUGCUCAUCUUGACGCAGAGGGCAUCCCGAUUCCCGUAUGCGCUAAUCAUUUUCCUCGUUGGCCUAAUCCUCGCUAUCAUUUCCGUCGCCACGAGCCACCACCACCAUCUCCCUCAUUUCCGCGUCUGGCAUCCAUAUGUUGAAAUUCCGAAAUGGAGUGCGGAUGCUAUCGGGAUGGGUAUCGCACAACUGCCACUUACAACGCUGAAUUCAAUCAUCGCCGCAAGCGCUCUCGCCGCAGACCUCUUACCUGACUUACCGACUCCUAGCGUUACUGAACUCGGCAUCAGUGUCGCUAUUAUGAAUCUUCUGGGAUGCUGGUUUGGCGCUAUGCCUGUAUGUCACGGAGCCGGCGGACUCGCAGCACAGUACCGAUUUGGUGCACGAAGUGGUGCUAGUAUUAUUUUGCUAGGCUUAUUCAAAAUGCUUCUGGGAAUCUUAUUCGGCGAAUCAUUAUUGGACUUACUGAAAGCGUUCCCCAAGACCCUACUAGGUAUUAUGGUCAUCGCGGCCGGCUUAGAGCUGGCUAAGGUGGGCCAGAGCCUGAAUUAUGGUGCCCCGGAUUUGUGGGAAGCCUCAGUUGAUCAGCCUCAACGUCUGCACAGAAAACAUCGGGACGUUUCGGAUCAGGAGAGGCUGGAGAGAUGGACUGUUAUGCUUAUGACUACGGCUGGUAUCCUAGCUUUCAAGAAUGACGCUAUUGGAUUUGCGGCUGGGAUGCUCUGCUAUUGGGCGUACAAGUUUGCGGAUUGGGUAGAGAAGAAACGAGGACAUAGGUCGAGUGAGAGGGCACCGCUGUUACACACUUGAGUAUUGUGUGUAUCAAUUUUCCACGUGUGUUCAUUUAUGCUCAUUUCACGAAAGCAGGCGAACGUAUUCUAUGGGGUUAUGGGUUAUGAUAGCGUAUUGGGCGAUGGUUAUAUGAGUGUGAUUAGGAAAAGUUAGAUACGUCGUCUUUUAAUUGUGUUUUAAUUGAACAUCAAUCGGAGUUAUAUAAGGCCACUCUACCAAGUACCUAGCAAAAAGAUACUCGCGUUUCAGUUUCGGUUACCACUGUCACAAACAACUGUGUUUGUACUUCCAAGACAGGUGUUCUUACCAUGCCUGACGCCGAAUAAACUCACAUAUUUCCG